UUGGUGGUUCUCCCACAACCUGCUGGGAAUAUCUUUCCUAUGGAAAUGCAACAAGAUUCAAGCAUAUUUUGGAUGGAAGUAUGGGACGGGCGAGGGGAAAGAAGAAUCCCCUUCUCCCCGGGCUCCUCGCAAGUCGUUCCUCUUUAAACCCUACUCCAGCGGCUGUGUCAGUCAGUCUCGGCAGCGGUGGGAGGAGCUCCUCCGGAGGAGGCUGGGGAUGCUCAGAGCCUGGGAAUGGAGCUGAGAGGAGCGCGUACAUGAGCGAGGCGGCGGCAGGCGAGUCGUUGAGAGCAGAGCAGAGCAGAGCCGAGACGGGCGGAGAAGCCGAACCCUAUCGCCGCUGCAACAGCCUCGCCGCUUUGCAAAGGAAGGCGGCCGCAAAGGAACACACGAGCCCCGGCCGAGGAGGAGGAUACGCAAUCCCAGCAAUCGGCAAAACUGCUUAAGCGUGCAAGUUCGUCCCUCCUUUCUCCGCCUAACUCUAAGGAAUGAAAGCUUUCCAGGCAGAUCUGGUCCUCCUCUGCUUCUUCCUUCUCAGCCAAGAACUCGGUCUCCCCCAAAAAGGAUGCUGUCUGGUCUUCGGGUUCAUGUACAAGGAGAAGUAUCGGCGAAUGACUGAAGGCCCAGCAUCUUCCUUCACCCAGCAGCCUCAGGAUCAGGUUGUGAUCGCAGGGCAGCCUGUGACCCUGCUGUGUGCAAUUCCAGAGUACAACGGCAUCGUGCUAUGGAUUAAAGAUGGGCUUGCUCUUGGAGUAGGCCGGGAUCUCUCAAGUUACCCACGCUAUUUGGUUGUGGGGGACCAUUUGUCUGGGGAGCAUCACCUUAAGAUAUUGAGAGCAGAUCUCCAAGAUGAUGCUGUGUAUGAGUGCCAGGCCAUACAAGCAGCCAUUCGUUCCAGACCAGCCCGGCUGACUGUUCUUGUGCCUCCGGAUGACCCAGUUAUUAUUGGAGGGCCCAUCAUCAGCUUGCGAGCUGGAGAUCCCCUGAAUCUGACCUGCCAUGCUGACAAUGCCAAACCAGCAGCCUCUAUCAUUUGGAUGCGGAGAGGAGAAGUAAUAAAUGGAGCAACCUACUCUAAGACAGUGCUCCGUGAUGGCAAAAGAGAGAGCAUCAUGAGUACACUUUUCGUCUCCCCGUCUGACAUUGAGAAUGAACAGACCAUCGUUUGCCGGGCCACCAACAAGGCUAUUCCCAGUGGAAAGGAGACCUCCGUCACCAUUGACAUUCAACAUCCGCCUCUCGUCAACCUGUCAGUAGAACCUCAGCCUGUCCUUGAGGACAACACAGUAAAGUUUCACUGCUCUGCUAAGGCCAACCCUGCGGUCACCCAGUACAGGUGGGCCAAAAAGGGACAUGUUUUAAAGGAAGCAUCCGGUGACUCUUACGAAACCAUUGUCGACCACACCUACUUUUUUGAACCAAUCUCCUGUGAGGUGACCAAUGCUUUGGGCAGUACCAACAUCAGCAGGACCGUCGAUGUUUACUUUGGGCCGCGCAUGAUGUCAGAACCACAGUCCCUCCUGGUCGACCUUGGAUCGGAUGCUGUAUUUAACUGCGCAUGGAUCGGAAACCCAUCUCUGACCAUCGUCUGGAUGAAGCGGGGCUCUGGCGUGGUCCUGAGCAAUGAGAACACGUUAACCCUAAAAAGCGUUCGUCAAGAGGAUGCUGGGAAAUAUGUGUGCCGAGCAGUGGUUCCACGUGUGGGUGCAGGAGAGCGAGAAGUGUCCCUGACUGUCAACGGGCCACCUAUAAUCUCCAGCACACAGACCCAGCAUGCUCUUCAUGGGGAAAAGGGCCAGAUCAAAUGCUUCAUCCGCAGCACUCCUCCACCGGACCGGAUUGCCUGGUCUUGGAAGGAGAACGUCCUGGAGUCAGGUACCUCGGGGCGAUACACAGUGGAAACCGUCAGCACGGACGAAGGUGUGAUCUCCACAUUAACCAUCAGCAAUAUCGUACGGGCCGACUUCCAGACCAUCUACAACUGCACCGCCUGGAACAGCUUUGGCUCAGACACUGAGAUCAUACGACUGAAAGAACAAGGUACGGAAAUGAAAUCAGGAGCUGGUAUGGAAGCAGAAUCAGUGCCAAUGGCAGUCAUCAUAGGCGUGGCAGUCGGAGCCGGUGUGGCGUUCUUGGUGCUGAUGGCCACCAUCGUGGCCUUCUGCUGUGCUCGUUCACAGAGAAAUCUGAAAGGUGUGGUUUCAGCCAAGAAUGAUAUCCGCGUCGAGAUUGUUCACAAGGAGUCUGCCUCAGGCAGAGAAACCGAGGAACACCCAACGAUCAAGCAGUUGAUGAUGGACAGAAGUGAGUUCCAGCAGGAUUCAGUCCUCAAGCAGCUGGAGGUACUCAAGGAAGAAGAGAAGGAGUUCCAGAACUUGAAGGACCCCACUAACGGUUAUUACAGCGUCAACACCUUCAAGGACCACCACUCCACUCCCACCAUCUCUCUCUCGGGCUGCCAGCCAGACGUGCGGCCCCCCAAUAAGCAGCGGGUGCCCACCGGCAUGUCCUUCACCAACAUCUACACCACCUUGAGCGGGCAGAACCGCCUCUACGACUACAGCCAGCGCUUCGUCCUGGGCAUGGGCAGCAGCUCCAUCGAGCUGUGCGAGCGGGAAUUCCAGCGGGGCUCCAUGAGCGACAGCAGCAGCUUCCUGGACACGCAGUGCGACAGCAGCGUCAGCAGCAGCGGCAAGCAGGACGGCUACGUACAGUUCGACAAGGCCAGCAAGGCCUCCGCCUCGUCGUCCCACCACUCUCAGUCUUCCUCUCAAAACUCAGACCCCAGCCGGCCCCUGCAGAGGAGAAUGCAGACCCAUGUGUGAAAGGGCGGGGCGUGACUGGGAACAGAGGAGACAAGAGGGGGGAAGCAGGGCGGAGACACAGACAGACCCACGGAGAGAGGGCCAAGGCACCACCCAGCCCGAGGCCACCUCGCCCGGCCAGCCGCUGGGCACCUGCUGAAGUCGGCACAUUCUGAGUAGGGUGGAGGGAGUUCCGUCGGCGUCCGAGUGGUUUUCAAUUCCUCCGAGCACUUUUCUUCCUUUCUAGAAUUAAGACAAAAGCAAAACUGCCGCCCGCGCAAGGUGAUGGGAGCUAGAGGGAGCCGAUGCUGGUGAUAAGAACUGUCCAAACAAGAGACAUCUACCUUCUUUCCUCGGCCUGUUGACCCAUUCAGCAGGUGGGGAGAACCUACGGCAGCUGAACCCAAACUAACAAUAAGCACAAAGUCUGUUUCCUUCCUGUAGCAGACCAGGCUUAGGGAAAUUGGGGGUGGGGGGAGGUCAAGCCAGAGAACUGACUUGGGAACUCUAGGUUGAAACGGACACUGUCCACACGCUCCAUUGGUUCCUUUCCAGUGUGUGUAAUAGUUGUCUCUUCUUUCAGGGAAAGACCAGGGUUCUAAGCUCAACUCCACAGGAGUACAAUUUUCCACAGCAUUUAGUGGGACAUUAGGAGAUCCCAUCUUUCUCUCCUUCAUGACCUACCUAUCCACACAAGAUGAACAGCAAUUGGCCUUCCUAUUGACCAGCCAUUUUGUAUUUCCCACUUCCUCUGGCAAGCAGCUCUCCCAGUUCCAGUUCAUGGGGAGAGACGUCCAUGCUACCUUCUCCUUCCGGUCGCUGUCGAAUCUUCCCAUUGUUGGUCACAUCAUGGAGGGAGUGUGGCCAAGGCUCCUAGUGUCUUUCUUCCCCUGCCCCUGGCCCACUUCCUCUUCCUGUGGGACACCACUUCCUGACUGCGGACAUUUUGGAAAGGGUGCACUGUCAAGCUGUUAAAUUGGCCCGCCAAAUGUCCUUCCUGCUGCUUAGCCCCCAUUUGCAAACUCAUACCCCGCAAGAUGUAUUCCUCUCAGCAACCUCAAGGUGGGGGCUUAAUUUAAGGAAGUUCAGUGGUGGUGGAGGGCGGGGAACGGUCGUUGGUGUAACUUAAUGUGCACUGAUUGCUAAUUCUGGUCCUUUUUAUUUUUUCUUUCUUUUGUUUGGUGUUGAGUGUUCUUAAUAUUACAGUGUGUCUUUGGGCUAAACAAGGGUGUCAAAGAACUGUGAAGAGAAGGUGCUUAGCAGAAUGCACACACACACACACACACACACACACGGGAUACUCUGGUCUACAAUAGUCGCAGAGGAACUGUUGGUGGAUGGAGGACUGAAUUCAUUGUCUGAGUGACGUGUGACAAUCACAGAGAAGACCCUCGCGAAGGGGGAGCAUAGAGCAUUAUCUUACUGCUGCUUCUGUAUUUCCUGCCCCUCCUCCCCUCCCCUCCCCUCCAAUAGCACAACUGGAAGAUUAAUACAAGAGUUGUUACAAGCA